ACCUGGUACAUCACAUGACACCAGAGCUUACUUGAACGAUGUUCAAUUUUUCUUGAGUAAAAAUUUCCCGGAAGCUACCGUGGAAAACAAAAUUUACCUGAUGAAACUCACUUCUAAUCGAGAACUUAGUAAGUUUAUCGACCGUCAAACCCCUCUCACGAAGUCAGACUGGAAUCGUCUGUGUCUGGCCAUUGAACAGGAGUAUUCAGAUUUUUCUCAUCAAGCAGGACUGACUUUAGCCAUGAAUGUCAAGCAAGGACCAAAUGAAAAUCCCAACAAAUUUUACUCCCGACUUAUGCAUGCAUUUUUCGGCCCCAGAAAUGAACCUGACAUGGAACGUGACCCAAAUUUCAAAGCUUUGUUUGUUCAKAAUUUACAUAUUUCUGUCAAACAGCAGCUAGAUGUGACAAUCCAACCCCACACGACUUCCAUUCAAAAGCUACGUGAAUAUGCCUGCCUAGCUUUCCAAAAAGUCAAACAAAGCAGACAUACAGAGCCAAGCGAAGUCUUAACAUUGGACAAGAAAGACCUGUCUCUAGGACUGGAAGGAGCCACAGGCAGACCUGACUCAAACAGAGUCAAACUUGCCUCAUCCUCACCUAAAACUGGCCGGAGACCACGGUUUCGCCCCGACAGAUCCUCAAACUCUAGGCAAGAUAGAUCUCCCCAAAGAUCAAACUAUAGAGGAGAUUACCAAGGACACCGUUUCUAUAACAAACAACAAAGAUACGGAAAGCAUGACUAUUCCCAAAGGUCUUACCAAGAAGAGAGAUGYCCGCAUGGAGAUUUUGAACAAUCUCCCCAACGUCGUGAGCGAUCUGAAAAGACAAAACAGUCAACUAAACUCCAAGAUGAAAAAUCUAAAAAUCAAGAUCACAUUACUGAUGACUUGAUUGAGAGAGCCAUUGAAAAUUACCUUAAGAAAAGGGACGAGAACGAAAACCAAGUUCACGAAAAAGAAACCACAGACUUAACAACACCCCCUGUUGAAUCUGACGACACCUCAGACUCAGUGGACACUAGUGACGACCAUGAUUCAGAUCCGUCUGACUCAGAAUCACAAGAUGAAGAUUCAAACAUCCCUAGCACAGUCUUAGUGGUCCAAACUGACCAUAGUGACUUAAACUCAAAUGGUGACAGUCCCAGGACCCCUGUGGAACCACCAGUCCUACAGUUUUUGUGUGAUUUGACCGAAAGGGGGGUCGCACUACCACUGAAAAUGGAGAAAGCCUUAGAAUGUCGAGCCCUUCUGGACACAGUAGCUGAUGUGACUCUGAUGUCCGCCAGCCUGUUCAAAGAGCUACAAACAAAGGCCCACAGCGCUAACAGGAAGUUGUCUCUCCAACCCUGUGUGCUAGAAAUAAAGUCCUACACGCCCCCUGACGCCAUCAUAACAUCAGUGGCCUCAGUAGAAUUACAGAUAGGCCCUGUGUCUCUCAAACAUCYAGUGUAUGUGUCUCCUUUCGACUCAGUACCAUUUCUCAUUGGACAAGAUCUUUUGAACCGUUUCCAGCCUUUGAUAGAUUACAAAAAUCUCAAAGUAUGGGCCCAAGUGAAAACACCACUGCCAAUAACAUUUUCUCCUGAAGCAGACGCCAGACGCGCCACUCGUGAGAAAAAUGAAGACACUUUAACUUUUGCACAACCACGACUUUACAGAACCACUGAAGGACGCAAACUUUACAAUGACCAAAAGACUCUGCCCAAAGAACUCAAAAUAGGCGAAAAGGUAUGGUACUACAAGUUCACAGCCCAGGCUGGAACACAUGACMAACAACUYCAACCAGAAUGGACUGGACCCCACCUGAUCACAGACAAACUGUCACCAUCUCUUUACCAGAUCAGAACUAGUAAAGAUAAAAAAGAACCUGUCAGUAAAUGGGUCCACAGAGACCAAAUAAAACCACAAAAAGGCCAGAAACCCAGAAACCUCAAACCACUAAAAUAACUAACCUUAUUAUCAUGAAUGUAAACUUCACCUAACUUAAACAACCAAGGCUCCAAUUUUUAUUUUUAAAUAAGCAAUCAUAAGAUCUAUAAAAACAUAAUCACCCAUGCCUGCCAAUCCAGACAGAUUUUGCCUGAUCACCAGAGUGAACACUCUAUUAACUAAGCAUUCAUUUAAUAACCAAUGAGGGUGAGUUAUGCCUAAAACUCAAACUCAUUGCUUCAACUACGUCCAUCGCACAAAAAUGGCCGAACCGUCAAACGUUGUUACUAAAUCAACCUCCGUUUCACAAAUGAUCCAU